AUGGGAAGUGCUCAGAGGCGAAGUUUGGAGGCAUUAGAUCAACACAGAUUCCCUUCACUGCAUAAACAACACAAAGGUCGAGUCCCGUCUCUGAAGCCACUGUUGGUGUCCGUGGCUUCGAACUACAGACCUCUUCUUUCUGUCGUUGACCAAUUCUUGGGUCUGACUGAAAUCCUGUUCCAGUUUCUGCUGGAGCCAAAAGAGACGGAGAGGUUCCUGCAGCAGUUGGUGGAGUUUGCAGCAGAACAUGGACUGAGCUCUGGACCCCUCAAGAACCUCAUGAAGAGUGUUCUCCUGGUGCCUCAAGGAGCCAUGAAGAAGAAUCUGUCCGAAGAACAGAUCACAGACGACCUCCUCACUUUAGGACUGAGUGCAGAGAAGGCGGCUCACUUCUCUCUGCAGUGGAGGGAACAUGCCGCGGCUCUGUCCAGACUCGCUCUGACACAGACUCUGACGGUCAAUCAGCUCCUGGACCUGGAGUGGAAGUUUGGAGUGACGGUUGGAACCAGUGAGAUCCACAAAGUCGGGAACAUAUUUUUACAGUUGAAGCUGGUGAUGCGGAAAGGAACCUCCACUGAGAACGUUUAUAUGGAGCUCACACUUCCUCAGUUUUACAACUUCCUGCAUGAGUUGGAACGAGCCAAAGCCAGUAUGGACUGUUUCUCCUGA